AUGUUGGCUGAUUUCUUGACAGAAUUCACCAACCUGCCUAUGACCCAAGAAUGGCAAAAAGACGAGACAUGGGUAGUCUAUGUAGAUGGAUCCUCUACAAGGAAAAACGAAGGAGCCGGUGUUGUAUUAAUCACCCUGGAUGGAGAAGAAUUAUGCAGUUCCCUAAGGUUGGAAUUCAAGACCACCAAUAAUGAGGCCGAGUAUGAGGCAGUUCUAGCAGGACUUGGUUUGGCCCGAGAGAUGGGAGCUGAGUUUGUUGAACUACGGAGUGACUUGCAGGUGAUUGUCGGGCACAUCCAAGGAGAGUUUGAAGCCAGAGGAGAAUGCAUUCAAGAAAUUCUGUAUUAUAAGAUCCCAAGAGAAGAGAAUGAACGAGCUGACCAGUUAGCCCAAAUGGCAUCGACAGCAGUUAGCAGUACUGAAGAGCCUGAAGAGUCAAUCCAUACUUUAGCAAGACCUGCCAUAACCGACACUGUCUCGAUCUCGGUUACCGAGACCGUACCGAAAUGGCAGAGGAGCAUAAGGGAGUAUUUGGAACAAGGAGUUCUCCCGUUAGAUAAGAAGUCGGCAACGCAAGUUAAAACUAGAGCUGCCAGAUUCACUAUCAUUAACAGGGCUCUAUACAAACGGGGCUUUAUGCUACCACUCCUCAAGUGUAUUUCUAAGGAAGAAGGUGAUUAUGUCCUUCGCAAGAUUCAUGAAGGUAUCUGCGGCGGCCACUCGGGAGCAAGAGUAUUGGCGCUUAAAGCAAUCAGGGCCGCAACCCCCAGAAGAUUUGAGUUCAAUCUCUUCGCCACGGCCUUUCUCACAAUGGGGGGUGCAUAUAGUAGGACCACUAUCUCGUGGAAAGGGGGUGUUCGGUUCACAGUUGUAGCAGUAGAUUAUUUCACCAAAUGGGCAGAAGUAGAGGCCCUAGUGAAUAUUACAGCCAAGAGCAUCGAACGGUUCUUAUGGAAGAACGUCAUAUGCCGCUAUGGUAUUCCUCAUGCGUUUAUAACUGAUAAUGGGAAGCAAUUUGACUGCGAGUCAUUCCGAGAAUGGUGUGCAAAACUUCAUGUAAGAAACUAUUACUUCUCCCCAUCUCAUCCCCAGGCAAAUGGGCAAGUAGAAGCCACCAACAAGACAAUUUUUAAAAUUCUGAAGAAGAAACUUGGAGAUCAGAAGGGAGAUUGGGCAGAUGAUCUUCCAGAAGUUUUGUGGGCAUGUCGAACAACCAAAAGAAUACCCACCAAGGAGACUCCAUAUGCCUUCGCUUUCGGGACCAAGGCGGUCAUCCUAGCCGAGAUAGGCUCGGGAAGUUACCGAGUCGAGUCCUUUCAUUCCAAGACUAAUGAUGAAGGGCUCAAACUACACUUGCACCUACUACAGGAAAAGCGGGACCAGGCCCAAGUAACCAUGUCAGCAUACCAGGAGAAAGUGGCUCGGUAUUUUAAUAAAGGAGUCAACACAGAAGCUUCAAGAUCGGGGACCCAGUUUUACGCAAGAUCACCAUUGCUACCAAAGACCCUGCGAAAGGAAAAUUAG